CCUGCUCAUUAGUCUUCUUGUGCGCAGUACUGAUUGGUACUGAUUGGGUUUUGUUGAACAUAAAUAUUACGCAAUAAAGCGGUUUAAAUACAAAAUUUGAGAUAAUGAGGGCGAAAUGUGAAUGUAACUAUGUUCAAUAAUCGCGAGUGAUAGCUUGAUAAGUUGGUGUAUAUCUAUUAAAUGUCCUGGUUACAAGAAAUAUAUGUAGAUUUUUAAUCGCUCUUUCGCGGUUUCUACAGUUUCUCUUCCCGAGAAAUGUCAAAAUGGCGUCUUCUCAGGACGCUUGGUAUCUAUCGCUUUUAGGUUUAGCUGAAAAUUUUCGCACUUCUAAUCCACCAAACAUUAAAUCGUGUAUACAGUGCCUCCAAGCUGUCUUCAACUUUAGACCACCUCCUCGAGUCGAAGCAAGAACGCAUUUACAACUUGGAAACAUCUUGCUUAUACACACAAAAAACAUUGAACUAGCUCGUUCUCAUCUCGAAAAAGCUUGGAGGCUCAGUCAAAACAUAAACACUUUCGAUGACGUCAAGUUUGAAGCCGCCAGUGUUGUUGCUGAACUGUAUGAACAACAACAACAAUCGACUUUAAGCAAACCAAUUUUGAGGAAGGCCAUAGAACUAUCGCAGCACAAUGUCUACUGGCAUUGUAGACUUAUUUUUCAGUUGGCGCAAAUUCAUGCGUCGGAAAAAGACUUUGUUGUUGCAAGUAGUCUUCUUGCAGUUGGAGUGGAUUAUUCUCAUAUAAGUAGUGCUAAUUAUACUCGAGUUUUGUUUCUAUUAAGUAGAUGUAUGCUCAUGUUAAUAGACAAAAAAUUUGUGGAAGUGCAUCCUCUUCUGACGUCAGCCGGUCAUCAAGUUGAAAAUUGGCAAGGUGGCACCCACCAAAAAGAAUAUCUUAAAGUCUACUACUUGGUUCUACAAGUUUGUCAUUUCCUAAUGGCCGGUCAGGGAAAGAGUGUUAAACCUUGCCUGAAGCAACUUCAACAAAGUAUACAGACAAUCAUCUCUCCAAAUUGGCCCACAGACGAUUUUAUUACUGGUCCUAACAUUGGUGACAUGUUUAUUUGGAUGCCAAAGGAACAUUUGUACGUUCUAGUAUACUUAGUAACUGUUAUGCAUUCAAUGCAUACAGGUUACAUGGAAAAAGCACAAAAAUAUACAGACAAAGCCCUCACCCAGAUUGAGAAACUGAAAUUUGUGGAGAACAAGCCAAUUCUUUCUGUCUUUCAACUUAUGUUACUCGAACACAUAGUGAUGUGUCGGCUCGUUAUGGGAAAUAAAAGUACAGCCCUUGCAGAGAUUUCGCAAGCUUGUCAACUUUGCAGGCAGCAGCCGAAAUUACUUCAAGGACACAGACCCCAAUUGCAUACACUUAUAGGCUUGUAUGCAAUGUCUAUGAAUUGUAUGGAGGCCGCGGAAGCUCAAUUUUUGGCGGCGUUACGAGUGAGCAGUACAACGGAACGUGAGUUACAGACAUUUGCCAAUUUAAAUCUUGCGAUAGUUUACCUGAGAACAAAAAGGGAUCAGGAAUUAGGGACUCUCUUGGAAAGAAUCAAUCCUGAAUCUUUACCGUCACACUCACAUUCCUUAAGGGCAGCAGCAUAUUAUGUUCAAGGACUUCAAGCUUUCUUUGGUGCUCGUUAUAAUGAGGCAAAGAGAUACUUGAGGGAAACGUUAAAAAUGGCAAAUACAGAAGAUCUAAACAGAUUGACUUCGUGCAGUCUUGUACUUCUUGGACACAUAUUCCUUUCUCUGGGUAAUAAUCGAGAGUCAAUGAAUAUGGUCACACCUGCUAUGCAGUUAGCUUCUAAAAUUCCAGAUGUCCACGUACAACUUUGGGCGACAGCAAUUCUUAAAGAUUUAUAUAGACUUUGUGGAGAUCCUACAAGAGAAAAUGAUGCAUAUCAAAUGCAUUGUAAUUUCUCUCAAACGCUGUUAAAGGAUCAUUUCCAAAGUACACAAAUGAGUGAGUACGCUCUCAUUCAAUGGACUGAAGGACCAGUGCCUGUUUUACCCAACAAUCCUCCUCCUUCCACUUCUCAAGCGAUUCUUUAACAAGAGUAAAAAAAUUAUUCUUCAUAUUUACUUAAAUAUUCCAAAUGUUCCGCUGAAUUGGGCACUACAGCGGAAAAUUUGUUUUUAUUCUUUGAAAAGAAAAGAAGACAGAAUUCAACGUGGAAGAUUUCUCAUUUUGUAUUGAGAAUCAUUGCUGAGCAAAGUCACUGGGAUACAUUUUCACACUAAGAGAGAAAGAGAGACCAGUCAUGUAGACCUUCAUUUUUUGACUUAAAACUUUGAGGACUAUAUCACAGUCUUACAAAAAAGUAUCAUGUGCGGCUGACCCGAGUACCUUACACCCAUAUAUUUUGGUGCAGUGAACACGAAUCUGAGGUCAGAUUUCAAUCCAUCAGGUCAGGAUUUUUUUCUACCCUCAAAAAACAUGUCGGAUGUUAUGUAACAUACAAUUUUUUUUAAAAAUUGAUUGGAUAAACUUAAAACUCGUUCCUUGUGGGUUUUUUGGUGUCGCU